AUGGAGUCGGUAAGGAAGUUGUUCCCACAGACUGCCAUCACAUCUCUCCUGCGAUCCAUGAAGCAUGGCAACAGACAGGCACAACUCUAUUUUCCCAAACUACUGCAAGUGCUGAGAGAACAUUACGACGAAUCCUUAGUCGAGACUUUUAAGUCUGAAUGCACUACAGUUCCGUGUUGGAUGUUUUUGGAUUGGAUUCCUCAAAUGACGGCCAUAUUGGAUAGGAAGGAAUCGGCGUGCAUCCAUUCAGUCGUCAUGUCCAUUGCUACGGAGUAUCCACAGGCACUGGUGUAUCCCAUGAGAGUGAGCUCCGUUGGAUGGGAUUUCAAGACCCACUCGAUUGCUGGGAAAACUUUUUGCGAUAAGAUUAAUUUCCAUCUGUCCAAAAAUCCGCUAAUUGAGAAGAUCAUUCUGGAGUCGGAACUCCUCUACUCUCCACACUUAUUUUUUAGAGAAUGGUGGGAAAAAGCAUGCAAUGCACUGAGCAAGGAAGUUGUUGAUAAGAACAGCAUGCUUUCACUUCUGAAGAUGUUUAAUUCAAGAUUUCUUUUAACAACGGGGGGUGAUGAUUUACCUGGAAGGCAUGGUGAUGAACAAAUGGAUGUUGAUGGUGAGGAUGACGAAGAUGACGAUGAUUAUCAUGAUCCGUCAAAUGACCUCAUCACUAUGACAUCUCAACCUGAAAAAUUUUCUAAGGAUGGCAAAUCGUUAAUUUUGAUGAUGAAGUCAACAAAGAUGCCUCUGGAUCUGAAAAGUUACUCACCGUGGCUUGCAAACUUCAAAGCUGACUUGUAUGAUUUCUCUGUGGAGUUGCCAGGUCAGUAUUCGGGCAAGUGCAAGCCACAGUUGGAACAACAUGCACUCAUCUCCAGCUUUCACGAAGUGAUCAAAGUGCUGCCUUCGUUGAGACUUCCCAAAAGGUUGACAGUGAGGAGCACGGACGACAAGAAGCAUCAUUUUCUCGUUAAGCAUGGCGAGGACCUGAGACAAGAUGAUCGCAUAGAGAGCAUUUUUCACCUUAUGAACGAAUGCAUGAGCACGGAAUAUGGAGCCAAGAAUAAUAUGGAAGGCACCGACUUUCUGAAAACCUACAAGGUUAUCCCAAUGUCGACAAAAUUAGGAUGGAUAGAAUGGAUGAACGACACAAACACACUGAAAAACUUUAUCACGUCAUCCAUGACUCAAGAUGAAUUGAACGCCUACAGAUCAGAAUUGCUUGGUCCUGCUGCUAUAUACAAGAAAUUUAUUGGAAAGGACUACUUCGACAGCUACAAAAAUAUUGAAAGGAAGAAAUGCAUUGAAAACUUGAGAAGCAUUGAAAACAAAGUGCCACACAACAUCAUUGGCCGGGCCUACAGAAAACUCAGUUCUUCUUUGGAGUCAUAUUUUUUCCUAAGACGGAAUUUUGUGAGAUCGCAUGCCCAGCUUUCCAUCUGCCAUUACAUUCUUGGCAUAGGUGACAGGCAUCUUUCUAAUUUCAUGGUGAACAUGCUCGAUGGAUCACUGGUCGGCAUUGACUUUGGAUAUGCCUUUGGAAUUGCUACUCAAUUUUUAGCUGUGCCUGAACUUGUUCCAUUCCGUCUAACAAACCAAAUGAAAGUAUUCAUGGAACCGUUCCAGGAGAAUGGUUCCUUCAGAGCUGUUAUGGUGAAGACCUUAAGGUGCCUUAGAAAUAAUUCAAGGCUGCUGUUGAGCACCAUGGGCGUUUUUAUUUUGGAGCCCUCAUUAGAUUGGAAAUAUUACGCUAUGAGGCAGUCAGAAAAAAUGGGAAAUAAUACUGAUGAAAAUAAAUUGUGUGUUACCUGGUACCCGAAAGAGAAAAUAGCAUCUGCUAGAAGAAAAUUAAAUGGAGAUAACUGUUCUUACAUCAUAAAACAAGAUUUUCAAGCUGGUCACAAAAACAAUAAGAAUUUUGGGGAAGCUGAAAAGAUUUUACUGGGCAUAUCAUCUGAUUUGCAUGAAGUUAGAUUCACGAUGAAAGAAAGUGAUUUAACAUUUGAAGAACAAGCUGAAUGCCUUUUGAAUCUCGCAACAGAUCCAAAUGUUUUAGGACGUGCCUGGGUUGGUUGGGAGCCGUGGAUGUGA